AUGCACUCCUCCACCACCUUCCUCAACGACCUUCCUCCCCUCAAGAGACUCAGACUCAUUCAACAACAACAACAACAACACCUAAAUCAUUGUCAUCACUCUUCACCUUUACCCGCCAAAAAACGCAAGGAGUCUCGAACCAUUCAUAAUUUUUCCCUCCCCGCCAAGAAAAGAGUGUGGGCUCCACAACCCCAAAGUCCCCCCUCCCCAAACGACACCGUUCCCCCUUUCGAAACCUCACCAUCAACCGACGCCGAUCCUCCCUUCGACCUGAACGUCGAAUACAACCCCAGCCUCGGAGAAUCCGAUGACGACGACGGGGUUUUAUGCUGUGUGUGCCAGAGCACGGACGGGGACCCUGCGGACCCAAUCGUGUUCUGCGACGGGUGCGACCUCACGGUGCAUGCCUCCUGCUACGGCCACCCUUUAUCCAAAGCCAUCCCCGACGGAGACUGGUUCUGCGAACGGUGUCGUUUCGAAGAAUCCAACGACAAUAACAAAAGCAUCACGCGCUGCUCGUUGUGCCCCGCGAGUUACGGCGCGCUGAAGCGUACCGCAGACGGCGCGUGGGCGCACGUGGUGUGCGCGCUGUUCGUGCCGGAGGUGUUCUUUCUGGACCCCGAAGGAAGGGAGGGAAUCGACUGCUCCAUGGUUCCGAAGAAGAGGUGGUCGCAAAGGUGCUACCUUUGCGAGUGUUGUGACGGGUGUGCUCUGGUGUGUUCUGAGCCAAAGUGUGGAUUGGCGUUCCAUGUGACGUGUGCGCUGAAGGAGGAGCUUUGGAUUGAGUACAAGGAAGGGAAGAAAGGGGGCACCAUUGUUGCUGGAUUCUGCAAAACCCACACCCAAGUAUGGGAAAAGCAACAGCAAUCUGGGAAGUACAAAAUCGUACCUGUUGAAAAUGAAAAAUAG